AUGAGCGACAUCUAUGAUGACAUGCCACCCCUAGUUGACUCGAACCCCAACAUGCCGCAGCCACGUAUACCCCCUCCAGUAGAUGCGGCAUUCAUGGCAGGUCAUACACCCGCACAAAAUGGAUUCAUUGGCCAGGGGUGGAAUGCGCCCCCGCCGCAAAAUGGAUUCACAGGCCAGGGGUGGAAUGCUCCACCCCCGCAAAAUGCAUUCCCUGGCCAGGGGUGGAAUGCCCCACUCCCGGAAAACGCAUUCGCUGGCCAGGGGUGGAAUGCGCCCAUGCCUCAACCGUACCCUCCAUUCCAGCCAGCAGCUCAAGAAGAAUGGGCGAGGUGGGCUCAAUACUGGCAAGCUCAGGUUGCGCCAGCACCGCCAUCUGUGCCAAGUCCUUAUGUACCACACCAGCCCAUGAAUCCUGAGACCGCUCAACAUGGUCUCCCUAGGCGAAGUAAUAGCUUUUCUGCGCCUGGUCCUUCCAACACACAGCAACAAGCCGCGGCGUGGAAUGUGUGGGGACCAUUGAUGUUCCCUAACCACGCGAGACCUCCCAUUCAAACAUUCCCAAGCACAAGUUCACACACCCCCGCAUCCGCAGUCUCCACGACACGGUCAUUACCGGCUGCAUAUGUGCCUCCAGAUUGGCCAGGAGAGCGUCCAAAAAGCUGGAGACGCGGCUUCAAAUUCAAGUCGGGUAUUUCAUCCCUACUAUUCCGAAGCAAGACUGUAUCAAGAACACCCGAUCCAUCCACCGAUAGCGCCCGGCUCAACCUCGCUCCUGUCCUGCAAUACGACAGAGCUCUAAUCCUCGAUCUCCGUCGUAGCCAACACUUGCUUAUGAUUCCAGCGCUGGGGCGCCCAGUAGUCGCAAAUGACUUGAUGAAACCGAGUACAAACCCACCGACGUUGUUCAUGCGUCUCUAUCACACGCGCUUACCGUGGUACAUCGAUGUCGUGCCGAUGGGCAGUGGCUCCUAUGUCACGCUGGGAGACUUGUUCAUGACUAUAUGUCAAUUCCUCGCUGGACCGAUACGCAAUGAGGAUUACUACAAUGACGAGCUAGAUAUCGAGGACAAGGAACAGCUUAGGCUGGCGUGGGAGUCGCGUUGUAACAACAAGAAAGAACGGAUGGAGGGGGUGAAGCGGGUUGAUUUUUUGCGAGAGAAGUACAUGUUUCUGGGGUUGACUCGCGGCAAGAACGGUAUGUGGCAGCUGCGUACAGGAAAGGGGGACCCGUAG